GUGUUGGAGUAGUGUGGUAGAAUGUCAGCUGACAUCCCGGAAGUAAUACAUAAUAAAUAUCGCUGCUACUCUCUCUACAAUAUAUCAUUUUUCUGUUCGUUUAAGAACAUUAUUUAGGCUUCUAUUAUGGAGGGUGCACUGGAGCAGCAUCUUGACGACACAAUGAAAAAUCCUGCCAUUGUUGGGGUUUUGUGCACAGACGCUCAAGGCCAUAAUCUAGGAUGCCGUGGCUCGCUUUCUGAUGAACAUGGAGGAGUUGUGUCCGUGCUGGCCAGGCAAGCUGCUUCUCUAACCAAAGACCCCACUGACUCUCCUACUGUGUGUCUGGAGUCUGACUCCGGGAACGUUUUGGUGAGAACACAUGGAACAAUUACACUGGCUGUACAUAAGAUGGCAUCAUAAAUUCAGUUUGUUUCUAAUUGUCAGAAAUUGAAUACGUGCAGUGUUUUUAAACAUCAUUAUUUUGAGUUUGAAAAACUUCAAUGGUCUAUUGUCAGCAACAUAGAAGUUUAAUGAUUGGAUGAAAUCUUGUCUUCCAUCAGAUAUUUGUGUACAUGGUUAAUCGAUCAUUUAUUUUCCAAUAUUUGUACUUUCUUUCAACCAUACUCCACAGUUUACUGCUUUUUUGUUUGUUCAAACUAUUUUUUCCCAGUUAAUAAACUGUGUUAUUUAAGGAAAAUAA